AUGGCUGCCCUCUCAACACCUCUCCAGAUUGGCGACUGCCACCUUCUACACCGCGUUGUGAUGGCACCUAUGACACGACUUCGCGCCGAUGACGAGCAGGUGCCACUGGACAUGAUGAUUGAGUAUUACGAGCAAAGAGCCAGCGUUCCCGGCACGCUUCUCAUCACCGAAGCUGUCUUCGUGUCGUCAACGGCGCGGGGCAGAGACAUGAAUGCCCCUGGCGUAUUCAGUCGAGAGCAGAUGCACAAGUGGACUGCUGUGGCAGAUGCAGUCCACAAACGGAACAGCUUCAUAUUUAUGCAGCUUUGGCACGUCGGGCGCGCCGCACGUCCUCAGGUUCUCGAGAAGCAAGGCUUGGAAAUGGUAAGCAGCAGCCCUGUGCCUAUCAGUAGCGAGCAUGCGACGCCCCGCGCCAUGACAGAUCAGGAAAUCCAGCAAUGCAUCAAUGACUUUGCGCAGGCUGCAUCCAAUGCGGUAGAAGCUGGGUUCGACGGUGUUGAGAUUCACGGGGCAAAUGGCUACCUUAUCGACCAGUUCACGCAAGAUACAUGCAAUAAACGUACAGACCGCUGGGGUGGAAACGUCGCCAAUCGGUCUCGCUUCGCUGUCGAAGUGGCUAAAGCCGUCGGCAACGCGAUUGGCGCAAAGAAAACUGCCAUACGACUUGCGCCGUUCACCGACUUCCAAGGCAUGGGCAUGACCGAUCCUGUGCCGCAAUUCUCUGAUCUCAUUUCGAAGCUAUCGCAUCUAAACUUGGCGUAUCUGCACCUCGUUGAGCCUCGCGUUUCAGGCAACACGGAUCGCGAACAUGCAAAGCACGAGUCUUUGGAUUUUGCGCUGCAGGCUUGGGGUCAUGCUAGCCCGGUCAUAUUGGCAGGAGGCUUUACUCCAGAGUCGGCUCAGAAACGCGUCGAAGAGAGCCCGGACCAGGAGAUCGCAAUCGCGUUUGGGCGUGGGUUCACUUCUAACCCUGACCUGCCCUUGCGAGUGCUCAGGAAAAUUGCGCUCACGCAAUACGACCGGUCAACAUUCUACAACGUGAAGAGCGCAUCGGGAUAUACGACUUGGGGAUUCCACGAUGCUUGA